AUGUCUGCGGCAGAUGCAAAGAUCGUCAAGACAGAGCCCUUGGACCCCUCCAAGGCCAAAUGGCUCCGAACAAUCCUGGCCUCGCGAAAUAGCACGAUAUACACCGACCCUCUAGGCAAGACACGAACGUGGGAGCACGCGGAGCGGCCUACACGUCCUCAGGGCUCGGACAUUGAUGCUGUAGGCAUUGUUGCAGUCCUCGAGACGGAGUCCGGGAGCGAUUUUGAAGGCGGUGCUGAUAUCUACGCGAGCGAAUCAGGUCCUGAAUUGCUGCUGCAAAAACAGUACCGACCACCGGUUAACAAAGUCUGCAUUGAGGUCCCGGCUGGAUUGGUUGAUGCGGGCGAGACGGCUGAACAAGCUGCGGUUAGAGAGCUGAAGGAAGAGACGGGAUAUGUUGGGGUUGUGAGCGAGUCUAGCCCGGUGAUGUUCAAUGACCCCGGCUUCUGCAACACGAAUCUUCGCAUGGUUCAUGUCACAGUCGACAUGUCCAAGCCUGAGAACAAGAAGCCCCAGCCAGAACUGGAAGGUGGAGAGUUCAUCGAAUGUUUCACGGUCCCGUUGAAGAAGCUCUAUGCUGAGUGCAAGAAUUUAGAAGGGCAGGGCUUUGCUAUUGAUGCUCGAGUUGCUACGCUAGCUGAGGGUAUUGAGAUUGCGAAGCAGUGGAAGCUGUGA